CUCCUCCUCUUCUCUCCCUUUAGGAUGUCCAUACCUACCAUGUCUCUCCUCCCUCUUCCCCUCCCCCGGUAUUAGAGCCAGCCCAACCCAACCAGUUCACAGUCUACCAGUUACAAUCAUUAAUGGGACACAUUAGGUUACUCAUUGAUGAGAAUGAGGAGCUCACCAUAGAAGCACUCACUAACCUCUUUGAACUAUUAUCCAAUAAAACUGUUGGUGAGAAUGUGUUUCCUACUAUGUGGAAAGGUUUUAGUCGUGAACAAGUCCAGCAGUUAAUGCAGUGUAUUUAUGGUAGAAGUGCUGUGAGUGUUGAUUGGAGGAGACUAGUUCUCUGUCUCUCACAGCCUUACCCUCUCCCCUCCUCUCAAGACCUCCUCACUGCUCUCUCCUCAAUGAGAUCUACUUUGGAUGGAAGAAAUAAUAAAAUGAUUACCAGGGAAGAGUAUAUGAGUGUCCCCAUAUGGUUGGAUGAAAGAGCUGAUGAGGACAGAAAUGCAAGACUUAAACCGUUCUUUUUUGAGCUUUUCAAGGACAAUUCGUGUGAUACGCUGGACUACAUGAAUAUGUUGCUGCUUCUCUGUUCCUCACCUGAUGGUCAGGAAGGAUUCUUUAAAGCACUUUCAAUAAUUAAAGGAGAACCAAUCACUUCUUCAAGUGAUACAGAUAUUGCACUAUCAGAGCUACAGAAGGUCAUUAAUUUUGGUGCUACUGAGUCAGUUCCUUCUCAUGAAUCAAUACAAGAGAUAUAUGAUAGAGUAGGAGGAGGAGGAGGAGAGAAAGGAGAAGACAGUAUUAGUACAUUACCCCUCUCAUCAUUGAUACAGGAUACCAGUCUGUUGAGACUAAUAAAUGCUUGCAACCAAUAUCACUUACCAGAUGUGGUGUCUGUGGUUAUACCACGCCCACCCUCAAUGGAGCCACGUCUACCAACAUCAGAAUAAGGACAAGACUACAUUUAUUAAAUAACAUUACUGAACAGUAGAGAGUAAAUAAUUAUUAUGUAUAUUCGAUUUUAGUAACAAUGACAUUGUACUGUAUAACAGUUUUCAAAAAGCC